AUGAAGUUUCUCGGCUUAUAUAUUUUUGUGGCAUUAAUCUGGACGGAUGGCGUUAAGUCAUUAGCUUCCGUCAGUCUUUCAAGCGGCAGAGUGAGAUUGAGUGGCUCUGUAUAUGUAACAAUGCAGAGCAAUGUAGAAGAUGUCUGGACCGCUUUAUCAAGAGGUAAGAGACAUUUGAUUUGAAAGAAAAAAUGCUUGAACAUCGGUUGUUAUCUGCUAAAGUUUCACGGGACAUGAAAAAUUUGAAGUAAAAUGGUAGGGUAGAUAUAUGAUGACAGAUUACAAAACAAAAGGCCCCAUUUAAAAGCAGGUCGAAGCACCUAAUCACUUAUUUUCGCCAUUUUUCUUACAACAAACGUGAAAUUAAUUUUACGUGUUUUCUUGUUACAAGUCUACAGAUAUCCUAUUAUUAAGAGUGGGGACCUUAUUGUGCUGCGAACAGCGCACAGCAGUUACUACAGUUACUUGAUGCGUUGCACGACUAGUUACUGCCACUGGUACUCUUGCUCUGGUAGUCGGAGUAUGACGCCAUCAUUAUGGUCUUCCUGUAACUCAUAUACAAAGUUCUACAUCACAGCGAUGGGAAAAAAGAAUGGAGAACCCAUCAACAGUGGAGACACGGUGUCACUGAGGUCUUAUGCCUACGGUUCCAGCUACCAUCUGAGGUGCACAUCAUCGUCUAGCUGGUACUGCAGAAUAUCAUCGUAAGUAAACCGCGCUGCCUUUUGCUUCACCAAUAAGUAAAAGAAUGUUCUAACUAAUGGUAUGUUCAUUUAUCAAUCUUUGGAUCCUCUUUUUCCUUUUUUCCAACAGGACCACCAGCUCAAUGACUGGGAACAAUUGGCUUUACUAUUACUACGCCACCUUCCAGCUUUACUCGAGAUACGCAGUGGAUGGUACACCGGUGCAAUAUGGUGACGUAGUGGGCCUCAAAUAUCCCUUCUACACCUCGAGUACCUGGCUUAUGAGGUAUAGCAGCUACUUUCGUCCUCGUAGCUGUAGCAGUAACAGCAAGAUGUCCUGUGCAAGGGAGAAUACUUACACUGGCUUCCGGAUCUUCAAGAAGCUGUGA